ACUUGGCUUAAGUAAAAAUUUAACUUCCAUGAAGGGGAGGCAGAGAUCAGUUCAAGCGUUGGAGGGAUCAGAUCACUCACAGUAACUAUGGCGCUGCACAAAGACUCCUACGUUGAGCUCAAUGAUGGGCACAAAAUGCCAGUGCUUGGGUUUGGCACCUAUGCUCCAGAGAAGUUCCCCAAGAGCUUGGCCGAGCAGGGCACCAAAAUGGCCAUCGAAGUUGGAUACCGCCAUAUUGACUGCGCAUUUUUUUAUGGGAACGAGCGGGAGGUUGGACGGGCGAUAAGAGCAAAGAUUGCCGAUGGUACAGUGAAGAGAGGGGAAUUGUUUUACACUGGGAAGCUGUGGUCCACCUUCCAUACCCCCGAGAGGGUCCGUCUGUGCCUGGAGAAAUCUCUGAAAGAUCUUCAGUUGGAUUACAUGGAUCUCUUCCUCAUCCAUACGCCCAUAGAGUUCCAUCCUGGAGAUGAUCCGUUGCCAAAGGAUAAACAUGGGAGAUAUAUUUACCAUAACACAGACAUCAGAGAAACAUGGAAGGCUCUGGAAGAGUGCAAAGACUCCGGGCUGGUCAGAUCCAUCGGGGUGUCCAAUUUUAACCACAAGCAGCUGGAGCUGAUCCUCAAUAUGCCUGGCCUGAAAUAUAAACCAGUCUGCAACCAAGUAGAAUGUCACAUCUAUCUGAACCAGAGCAAACUGCUGGAGUUCUGCAAGUCCAAGGACAUUGUGCUGGUGGGAUUCAGUGUAUUGGGGUCCAGCAGGGACGAAUCAUGGAUAGAUCCAAAAAUUCCCGUGAUCCUGGAAGACCCUGCGCUGAACACGAUCGCCCAAAAGCACAAUCGGACCCCCGCUCAGGUAGCAAUGCGGUUCCUUCUCCAACGAGGAGUCGUCGUCCUUGCAAAGAGCUUUACCCCAGCCAGGAUCCAGCAGAACUUCCAGGUUUUCCAGUUUCAGUUGGAUGCCGAAGACAUGGAAAACCUUGAUAAAAUAAACAGAAACCUGCGCUACGACUACACACCCAUGUGGUCAGACCAUCCGAAAUAUCCAUUCCAUGAGGAAUACUGAUGAAUAUUAAGAUCCCUGACUCUCCCCCAGUCUUUGCAUUGAGCAGAAGAUCCACGUUUUUGCUACUGACCGGCCAGAACUCCAGAAUUCCAUUGGAGAUCCUAUAAUUAAAUAGUCACAUGUUGCAGUUCCUCUGUUUUUGGGGCAUCCAAGCCUCCUAAAAUCGUUUUUUUUUAUCUCUGUCUAUUAACAGCCCAAUACCUCUCCUUUUAUUGCCUUUAAAUUACAGAAUAAAAUAAGGCAGAGGCCAAAAAAGGCUAAAUACUUUCAGUAUUAGCAGUCUAAAAACGCAAAUAUCUCAGAAACCACUAAAAACAGAAAGAUACUGUAAAAUACCAAAUUGCUCAGAGAAACACAAUGACAAAGUAUAUUUAGUGACUGAAUAAUCAUUAACUAUGUAAUUUGGUCAUUCAUAUCAUAUGGAUGGUUUAAAGAGGAAAUUUACUUUUAUUUUGUAAGUUCUAUAAACAUUAAGCAUAUUUUCAUUUGAUUUUUUAUUAGUGUCCUUCCUCCCCCUGUCUAUCUUUCUUCUUCUGCUCUUACUCCUCUUCCAUUCUGACAAAUGUUUUUAGAAUACUGACCUCUGUCUAGUGAUGGGCGAAUUUGCGCCGUUUUGCUUCGCCGAAAAAUUCGCGAAACGGCGCCGGCGUCUCGUUUUUUGACACCGGAACCCAUUUUUGACGCUGGCGCCCGUUUUUGACGCCGUUUUUUCGGGAAAAUUUUUUCCGCCACCGGCGAAUUUUCACGGGCGUUUCGCAAAUGUAUUCACUGGCGGCGAAUCGCGCAAAUUCACAGCGAAUUCGCGCCUGGCAAAUAAAUUCGCCCAUCACUACCUCUGUCCAAUGUUCAAGCAAGUUAUUUGGCAUCAAGGUUUGCUCCAUCACUGCUCCAUUUGUGUCCAGUAUAAUGAGAUAUGGGAAAUCUGAGACAAAUAAAAAGCCAACCAGUUUGUGGUCAA